CGCCCGAAAAAAAUGUGUCAUUUUGCGCUGUGAUUGAUGUUCGUCUCAGAUUCAAACUUCUCUUGGCAUGCUUUCUUUAGAGAGGCAUCACUUACUUGGAGCUGUGACCUCUGUCUUAAGGCAUGAAAGAACUUUAAGCUGCGAAUUGUGGUUUUUCGUUGUAGCCGUACUAUAUUCAUAAUACCUAGGUGCUAUAUUAAAGUCGGUCUGAAAUCAUGGAGUGCAACAAAGACGAGGCAAUUAGGGCAAAAGAAAUUGCUGAAAGGAAAGUAAAGGAGAAGGAUUAUGCUGGAGCUAAAAAAUUUGCUUUGAAGUCUCAAAACUUGUUUCCUGACCUUGAUGGUAUUGCCCAGAUGUUGACAACUCUAGAUGUGUAUAUUUCUGCUGAGAAUAAAGUAGGUGGGGAAGCUGAUUGGUAUGGUGUUCUUGGCGUAAGCCCAUCGGCUGAUGAUGAUAUGGUGAGAAAACAAUACAGGAAGCUGGCUCUGAUGCUUCAUCCUGAUAAAAACAAGUUUGUGGGUGCAGAUGGUGCUUUUAAGAUUGUUUCAGAGGCUUGGAGCUUGUUAUCAGAUCAGGCUAAGAGGUUGGCUUAUAACCAGAGGAUAAAUUCCAGGGGAACCCAACAUAAGUUUUAUUCACAGAGUGGAGUUUCAUCAAUGCCACCCAGAACAAAUGGCUCUCAUAGUUCUAGUUCUAAUGUAGCAUCAAAUGCUAGGACUCAGAACAACAAUAGCCGGGUAGGCCAAAACUCAUUUCCUCCUAAUAAAAAGCCUGCUACCUUUUGGACUGUUUGCAAUAGAUGCAAGACACAGUAUGAAUACCUCAGGGUGUACUUGAAUCAGACACUUCUUUGCCCUACUUGUCAAGUGGCCUUCUUGGCUUUAGAAAAGGUGCCUCCAAAUGUUUACCAGUCAUCAAAUCGGUGUAACCAACAACAGCAGGCUUCUGGGCAUCAUGGUGUAAAUAAUAAUCAAUUUAACCAUGGAACAAAUUAUUCUAGAUCUCAAAGUGAUGGAUUGGCUCAAGAGAAAUUGAGAAGGGAACGUGAAGAAGCUCUUAAAGCGGAGAGACUCGUGAAAAAGAGAAAAGAUGACAAUUAUGUUAAUGGUUGUGCAGGUAAUAUGGCAACUCAAAUGCCCAUGGGAAAUGGACCUGGCUUGGGAAACACAUCUGAAUCUAGGAAUCUUUUUGGAAUGGGAGGCACCUAUGGAUAUUCUGGUAACUAUAACAAGUACAUUAGUGAGAGAGAGUUGUCACCGCUUGUAAUUCGUAACAUGCUGAUGGAUAAGGCUCUGGGUGUGAUUCGUGAAAAGCUUAAGGCCUGGAGCUCUGUAACUGAAACCAAAAAUGGUGACAAAGUUAAAGGGAAGGUCAGAGAGAAAGAAAAUAAGAAACAGAGGAGCAUGGCAAAUGGAGAUGGAUGUGAUACCAAUAAAGUUCAUCAAGGCAAGCAGCCACUGCCUACCUCUACUACUGACGAAUCUGAUAGAGGGACUAUGCCAUUGUCUAUAAAUGUUCCAGAUCCUGAUUUUCAUAAUUUCGACUUUGAUCGAAGUGAAAGUUCUUUUGAAGAUGACCAAGUCUGGGCUGCUUAUGAUGCUGAUGAUGGCAUGCCCCGUUUCUACGCUCGAGUUCACAAGGUGAUAUCCUUGAAGCCUUUUAAGAUGAAAAUCAGUUGGCUUAAUUCAAGGAGCAACAGUGAAUUUGGUGAGCUGGACUGGAUUGGCUCUGGUUUCUCCAAAACCUGUGGGGAGUUCAGACGUGGCAGACAUGAAAUUAGUGAAACCUUAAAUUCUUUCUCCCACAAGGUUCAGUACACAAAAGGUGCACGCGGAGUAAUUAGAAUAUAUCCAAUGAAAGGGGAUGUCUGGGCUCUUUACAGGAACUGGUCUCCUGAUUGGAAUGAACAUACACCAGAUGAUGUGCGACACAAAUAUGACAUGGUGGAAGUGCUUGAUGAUUAUAACGAGGAGCAAGGAGUCUCUGUGGUCCCUUUGACUAAAGUUUCCAGUUUUAGAACAGUUUUCCAGAAGCAUAUGGACCCGAUGGAAGUGAGGAGGAUUCCAAAAGAAGAGAUGUUCCGCUUUUCCCAUCAGGUGCCUAAUUACUUGCUAACAGGCCAAGAAGUAGCUGUGAAUGCACCAACAGGUUGUCAAGAUUUGGACCCUGCAGCCACCCCUUUGGAUUUACUUCAGGUAAUUGUCGAAUCCGAUAAAGCACCCAUGGAGGAUGUUUCAUUGAAAACUGAAGAAGAGACGUUAAAGAGUUGCAAAGCCCAAGAAGAAGUUAGUCUGUAGAGUGUAGCAAACAAGCUGAGGAUGAUUUAUUAACUGGUGGUGCCUGCCAAAAGAGCCGUAGGAUGCUGAAAAAGGCUAAAAAUAUAGAAUUUGAAGACUGCUAACUACACCAGGUUAGCGAGUUUUUGAUAUUUUAAGUUUGAUCCAAACUUAGGAAUUGCAAUUUUUUUGUUGUUGUCCCAUAGUUGGAUCCGUUUGCAUUCCAUUUUUCCCCUCAUCUUUUGAUUACUAAAGCCUCAUUUAAAAGCUAAUGCUUGGACUGUACUUGAAAUUUAAUAGAAAUUGCUUCUUGAACUG